AUGCCGCCCAUAAACAUAACUGUCGAGCAACUACUCGACAUCGAGGACGCUUUGGUUUCCGACGAAAAUCCCGCGCGCGAUGACGGCGUCUUCGACUAUGAGCGCUGCGCCAGAUUGCAUAACUACCUGGUUGCAUACGGCUGGAUGGCCCUCCACGGACGAGAUACGCCCGACCUCACAGCGUUAGCCGAAGAGAAAAGGUUCUUCAGCGACGAAUGGAACCCAGAUGCAGACCGUGAUAUCCUGGAUCCGUCGCUUAACGCUUGGCUGGAUAGGAUCUACGAUCCUACGCAUGAACUUUUCUUCUGGGUCGGUGGACUUUCGAUGGAAUCCUGUGACGAGACUUUUCAGUUCGAUGAAAACGACCGUGAAGAUGAAGAAAUUGCGCGAUUUAUUGUGAUCUAUCGUACCUCGUCUAAUGCAUACUCCCAAACUAUGGGGGUUGUCUACGACCAGCAGCUCCAUAGGGUCUCAUUUCCUUUAACUAUCGGAUCUACUGAAAAUAUCGAGCCUAUCAACGAACAUGAGGAGAUGUGGUUUCCAUUCGAGACCCUUCUAACGCAGUGGAUCCAUCUGAUUCGUCUUGAGGACAGGCCUCGGCACCGAGCUCAGGAGGGAUUAUGGUCGUGGCUUCCCUACUGCGAUGCCCAAGUUGAUAAUACUGUUACUGCGAUUGAGCGCUAUGUAGUCGCGGUCGAAUCUCGAAUGCCCGCCGACUCACUUAUGCCUACGACUGGGACUCUCUUCACAGAUGAAGAACUAGAUACGGCAUCUGUACCGCAGGAAUGCUUUAUUCGUUUGGUUCUAACACGGAUGAAGUCCCCGCGUUUCAAAUUUAUCGCACCUGGGCUUCAGGUUCCACAUGAUAAGGAUGAAUUCGCGAGGCGCCAGAGCUUUACUCGUAUAUCUUUCGACGAGGGAACCAUACCAGCAGUCUUGAUUUUUGCCGCAGGACAAACUGUCGACUUAAACAUGGAACUAGAAAGGCUAUUCUUCUUCGAACGUCAUUAUGAAGAUGUGGCUUUAACCCCGGGGACUCCAAUAUUGACAGGAUUAUAUAGCGAGCCUACAUUCCGGAGUUGGUUUGAGCCAGAGGAGGCAGGUGUUAGAAAUAGAUUGUGGGUCACGUGGCCGCCAAGCGGGCGGAGCGGCCCCACUCGUAGCUAUCUAGACCUCUUCGCCCUUAGCAAUUUCAUCCUCCUUACACUCUCUGUGCACUGUAGCCUAUCUCCAACAGCAGGAUUCCGCCUUGUGCUUCCGUUUGCACUAGGGAAUAUUUCCCAUGGUGAUGGGGCGCGAGUGAGCGAUGGCCCAAUUCCGCCGGGCACGUUCGCGUACCUUUUCCAACAUGGCUGCCAUCAUCCCUUUGGAGGUGAGCACCGCUCGCAGAGGAUGGAAAGGCUAUUCGACCAUUGGACCGAACUGAUCGAAAGUGGUGUAUGGAAAGUGGGUAAAGAGGGUGUGGAAGGAGGUAUUGAAACGUUCCGCGAUGCAGACAGUGGCGCUUGGAGAGAUUACUGGAUUCCACCAGACUGGUAG